UGCUCUUCCACACCAGCGAAUAUAACCAGCGAGCAAGAGAGAGAGAGAGAGUGAGAAUCUAACAGGGAGAGAGAGAGAGAGAGAGAGAGAGAGAGAGAGAGAGGGGAAGAAGCAGUAGAGCUGGGGCACUCAACGCCUUCUUCUGACGAAAAUCGUAAGCUUUCUGUGGCUUCGGUUUCUUUAUGAGUCUGAUUGUUUUGGUGCUUCUGUAGCUUUUUGGGGUGAGCUACCAGUUGUUGUGAUUGAAGUCUGUCAUGUGGAUAAUUCAUUUUCAAUUGCUUAUCUGUUUCCUGGAGUUUUUUUAUUUCUGUGUUGGUCUUUAACCCGGAGAUCUGAAUUGGCCCAAUUCAACAGCAUGUUGGAGGGUCCUUCCUAUCUUGUUUCAAGGCAGCUUCCAAGUUCCUGUGAGCAAGAGAGUCAGUGGAUGUACAACACUCAACGUGUUCUUGAUUUCUCAAACAGUAAGCGCCCACUUGAAGAUGGGGAAGAUGUGGCAUUGAGGAAGGCAUGCAAGCACGCAGAUGCUAUUGACCGAGUGGAAGCAGUGAUGGAUAAUCUUGCUCUUUCCCAUACCAAAUCUGAUCAGCCAAAUGACCAGAAUCCUGCUCUUUCCCAUGCCAACUGUGACCAUCCAAAUGACCAAAAUCUUGCUCCUUCCAAUGCCCAAUCUGACCUGCCGAAUGACCAGAGUCUUGCUGAUUCCCAGGCCCAAUCUGAUCAGCCAAAUGACCAGAAUCCUGCUGUCUCCCAUGCCAACUGUGACCAGCCAGACGACCAAAAUCUUGCUCCUUUCCAUUCCCAAUCUGACCAGCCGAAUGACCAGAGUCUUGCUCAUUCCCAGGCCGAAUCUGACCAGCCAAAUGCCCAGAAUCUUGCUCUUUCUGAUGCCAACUCUGACCAGCCAAAUGACCAGAAUCAGGACGGGAACAACAAUGACCCCACUUCACUAUUCCACCAACUUGGAAGGGAUGUCUCAAUAAACUGUCUCCUUCGUUGUUCAAGGGCUGAUUACGGCUCAGUUGCCAUGCUGUGUAGGAGUUUCCGUUCUCUAAUUCGGACUGGGGAGCUGUACACUCUGAGGCGGAGAAUGGGUAUUGUAGAACAUUGGGCUUACUUCUCUUGUGCUCUCUCUGAAUGGUGGGCAUUUAAUCCAGAUCGUAGACAUUGGAUGCCUUUGCCUAAAAUGGAAAUAAAUGGAUGUUUUAUGUGUUCAGAUAAGGAGUCUGUAGCCGUUGGCACCGAACUUCUUGUAUUUGGAAAGGAAAUAAUGUCCCAUGUGGUUUACAAAUACAGCCUUUUGACACACAGCUGGUCAUCCGGCCGUUUGAUGAAUACACCUAGGUGCUUGUUCGCUUCUGCUAGCAGUGGGGAAAUUGCCAUUCUAGCUGGCGGUUGCGAUCCAUGUGGCAAUAUCUUGAGCACUGCUGAGCUUUACAAUUCAGAAACAGGAACUUGGUUGACUCUUCCGAGCAUGAAUAAACCUAGAAAAAUGUGUUCUGGGGUAUUUAUGGAUGGAAAACUUUAUGUCAUUGGCGGGAUUGGAGUGGGCAGCCCAAAUGCACUUAGCUGUGGGGAGGUUUAUGAUUUGGAGAGGGGGACUUGGACUGAGAUACCUAACAUGCACCCUAGAAAAAAUGGAGGGGCUGGAGCAACUGAUAUGCCUGCUACAGCUGAGGCACCUCCGCUGCUUGCAGUUGUAAAUAACAAACUGUAUGCUGCAGAUUAUGCAGAACAGGAGGUGAGAAAAUAUGAUAAGGAGAGAAAAGUGUGGGUUACCAUUGGGAGAUUGCCUGAGCGGACAUCCUCGAUGAAUGGUUGGGGAGUAGCAUUUCGGGCAUGUGGGAAUCGGUUAAUUGUAAUCGGUGGACCUAGGGGUUCAAGCGUAGGGCAAAUUGAAGUCAAUUCUUGGGUCCCUGAUGAAGGUCCGCCGCAGUGGAACCUGCUCGCUAUAAAGGAUCGGGGAGGCUUUGUCUAUAAUUGUGCAGUGAUGGGAUGCUGAGGUGUCCCGUUUCCGUGACACCAUGUGCUGGCUGGAAGGGUGGAAUUUACAAUCUUCGCCUUUCAAGGAGUUUGGGUUCCAGUUCCUGGUUCCUGGGUAAUUUCUGCCCUCAACAUGGGAAAAUUCAGGUUAAAUUUAGAGUCAUAGAUACAUUUACAGAAAGGUGGCCUGGAGAGUUAGUUUCCUUUUUUAAAAGUUUUUAAUUUUACCUUUAGUGUGUUGCAUCUCUUUUCUUUACCCCUUUGUUACCUUGAGAGCUUUUCAAAGGUUGUAUCAUGUAGAAGUAGCAAAGAUGAAUAAGCUGAAGUUCUGGUACAUUUGUAGGUUGUGAUGUCCAUUUCAUAAGUUUCAUUGAAACAUUGCAGAAUUAUGUAAUGGUUCAAGUUUUCAUUUUCUCAAGUUAAUAUAACUUAAGUUCUCUUUUCCCCUCCCAAAUAGGAGGAAGACAGACA